AAUAAAAGGAAAGAUAGGGAUAUGUAAUUUUUGUGUGAAAGUUGUUUAGAGAUAACUUUACGUUGGCGAGGUAACAAUACUAUUUGGUUUAAUGGCUACCUACGUGCAUUUGGUACAUUAUAAUGGCGAAUAUAAAUGGACGUUUUAUUCUUCCUUCUAACAGAUACAAGAAUGACAACCACCACGUAUAGUCCAUUUUUUAGUGAUUCGUGUGUUUCAUUUAAUAAAGGAGACUGCGAACCUUUCACCAGAUUAAUCGAUCCAUGUAGUUGUACAAAAUACUUUCAGUGCGUGAAUAAGGAGGUUAUUCCCCGAGUGUGUCCGAAGGGUACUGCAUAUGAUCACACAGUACAAGUGUUAUCGAGUGCGUAUUGUACAAAUGAAGCAAAUAUCUUUAUUCAACAGAUAUGCACACAAGGCACUCCUUGGACAAGGUGUAAAGUGACGGCCAAUGUAUCAGAUUCUGAAUUACUCAAAAUUCAAGCAAGAUGCACAGGUACAACAGCCGGUACAACGAUAGGUCCUGUAGAGAACAAUUCAAAUGUGGGCGCCAUUGUAGGCGGCAUUGUUGCUGGACUACUUGUUGUGAUUCUUUUGAUAGCUGCAUAUAUUUUUUAUAAAAGAGGAUAUGUCCCAUCACUUACUUUAAAAAAGAAAAGAUUGCAGAGCAAACAUCCACUUCAUAAUCAACCAUCAAUAACAAACCCUCAGUACUUUGGUCAGCCAGGAAUGCACAUGACUAUUGGUGACCAUCGGGAUCACGACAUAUAUGAAGAAUAUGCCACUAUUGAUGAUACUGUGCAUGAUCCCAAUUUGCCCGAAAGAGCACCUCGUCUACCAGAGAGACCACCGUCCCUCCAAUCAAACAGCACUAAUAGUGGUGAUAGAAAGAUAUCUGUGACUUCUGUUCAAUCAUACAUGGAACCUUCAUCCACACUCAAAUAUGGGUUCACUAAUCGUGGACUAAAUAUUUCAGAAGAAAAUACGGAUUCGAACGGGAAUGAUCGAUUUUACACUGAGAUUUUUCCAGACCCGCCAUCCAAUGGACACAUUCAAUUCACUCAUUCGCAUAAUCAACCAGAAGAAGAAAUUUCACCCUAUGAUAAUUCACUUCAUGUAUAAGAGUUUGCAGGGAGAUAAAUACAUUUUUUUGUGCAAUAUGUGCCAGAUAUUUGAGUAAAAACAUGUAAAAUUUAAAUUGUGAUAAUACGAGUAUAUAUUGAUUGUGAUUUUAGUGCUUUGAUAUUUGUCUAUAAUUUCUUGUUUGUGUUUGUACUGUUCAUCAUGAGUAUAACAAAAUUUAUAAAAAAAGUUCUUUUUUUUGGAACUUCAUGGAAUGCGUUCGCGAAAUGGUCGAAUGUUAAAAUGGGAUCAAUUUUUGUCACUUGUUAUUUGAAGUUUUUUAAACUCAAACGUUGCUUUAAAUAACUGAUACAUAGAGUCUGAGACAAUUAUAAUAACGUUACUACAUGUAUCAUAGUUCAAGAUAAAAUUUCUUUAUUUGUUUAUAAAAAUUCAAAUUUCUGUGUUUCAAAUUUCAUACCAUUAAGUUUUCUUUGACAAUUUGUCUGAGCUAAAAAUCAGUUGAAUAAUAGUUGUUUUUAAGAAAGAAAACAAAAAUGAAAACGAGAUAAAUCUUAUAUUGUCUUUAUUUGUUGUGAUAUGUUGAUAAAGUACCGUUAUAACUGUCAUUGAUAACAAACUUGGUUUCUUAUGAUUCAGGAAAGUAUCUUAUUAAUUAAAAAGACAACAGUUUAUGAUUUGCUUGAAAAAUGUAUGUAUGUAAAGUCUUAUCCUGCCAAAUAGUUCUGAAAAUCUAAAUGAAGUCCAAAGCAGUUAAAGAACUUUGUUUUAAGAAACAAAAUAUGAAAACGAACAAAAUCGGAUGUUAUCGUUUCAUUAUAUAAUGAGUUCUGGGCAAUAUUUUAAUUGUAUAAUACUAUGUGUUUUUUUAGGUAUCCAUUGUAUUUCAUUAUUCAAAGGUAUCUCAAUUUCGAAGAAGUACGGAACAGUUUAUUAUUAUAUAAAGGCAACAGUAGUAUACUGCUGUUCCAAAGUCAUAAAUCGGUUGAGUGAAAGCAAAUCCGGGAUGCAAACUAAAAAUGAGAUAAACACAUCAACUAUAAGAGGAAAACAAGGAAACAACAGAAACACUGAUGAUGUGAAACCAAAAAUCAAAACGACUAUGGACCACACACACAAACAAACUAUAAGAUAACAAAUUCCAUUUUCCUGACUUGGUACAAGAUAUGUUUAGAAAAACACGGAGGGUUGAACCUGGUUUUGUAUCUAGCAAUCCCUCCAGCUUUUAUGGCAAUAUUAAGUAGUACACUAAAGUGAGAAAACGUAAUGACAGAACUACAGUAAAAAUAAUUGCAAGAACACAUAAUGGACGGAUAAAUACACAAAUAAACAUUAGAAUAAGACAUUUCAACAUACUAAUAGUUAUAAAAGGUACCUGCAGCUUCUAAUUAAAUACACCAUGAUAUCUUGCAUAAUGUUUGUUUAAUUUGCCUAGGUAUAAUAAAUGAGUAAAACACAUCACAAAAAGACAAAGCCACCUUACCAUAACAAAAAAAAUAAAAAUAAUAAACAACCAUAAAAAUACAAUGAAAUUUAAAACUCCUUAUACAAAAAAGCAUUUGAGGUCACGCUUACCGUGUCUAUGCACCCGACUUCGCUCCUUGAAUUUGUAGUUCUCAGUUUUUUGUGUUUGCUUGAUUUGUUUCUUAAUCGAGAAUAUAUAUUUCAUUAAUGUCAACUUUCGUUUUUUGUCGAUUUUUGCAAUUAUCAGAUAAACACAAUUUGUAAUUUGUUUUUAUACAUCGUGAUUAAGCUUCAUUAUAAUAGAUUUAAUUGUUAUUCAACAUACUCAAUUAAACUGUAGUCAUUGAAAUGUAUUUGCAAUGCAUCGAGUAUAUUUUGUACUGUCCAGUUUACGUUAGACAGGUUAAGGCAAAAGGCAGAAAUCGGGUUUAUCCUGACUAUAUAAACAGUACAGUAUAAAAUACAUGAAAUAUAUCAAAUUUAUUCCGAACAAGAGUCAUAUCAAUCUAACUGAAAAGCUAUCCUCAUCGCUCUGUUUUCUAAUAUGUACGCAGUGAUCCCAAGCGACAUAUCAGAAAACGAGAGCGAUGAGAGAUCGGUUCUAAAUUGGAUUGAUAACACAUGUAAAAGGUUUAAUAUGACAUAACUAUGAUAAUAUGAUGAGUCUACACAUUUGAUUUAAAAAAUAAAUAGUACACGCAAUGAAUUAAACAUUUCUAUUAAUAUAUAUUUAUAUAUGGAUCCCGGCGAGGGAAGAACUCAAAAAUUGCGAAAGCAAAUUUACAGAUCUAACAUUGUUUGGUUGAUGUUUAGACAAGUUGUAUAUAUAUAUCUCAGUAGCAUGAGUAACAAAAUAAUUGCGAAAGCAAAUUUAAGAUCUAAUAUUGUUGGGCUGAUGUUUUAAAUUAGACGAAUUAUAUAUACAGAUGUAUUUUCAGCCUUGUAUCACAAUCACUGCUAGUAAUCCGAUGGAUAAAAUCUGUUGUAGAGUCGUCACUGUUUCAGACUUACUUAUAAUAUAAUUAUAUCUGUGACUGCAUCUUACAUUAGUUUGUAUGAUCCUUUACAAUAGAUAAUUCAGCUGAUCUGUAACAAUUCCAUCUUUAUGCCUUAUAUAUCAUGUACUGUGUUACAUGUUCGAUGCUAGAUUAAAACUGAGGAGAAAAGCUAACACCCGGCAACCAAAAGCUUUAUUAUUGUAGCCUUGGUGGUCGAGUGGUCUAGCUCGUCGGACAGAAAUAAAGAGGAUUUGGUGCCACGAUAUAUCAGUAGCAUUUGUUGGAAUCCCGGCGAAAGAAGAACAAAAACAAUUGCGAAAGCAAAUUUACAGAUCUAAUAUUGUUGAGGUGAUGAUUAGACGAAUUAUAAUAUACCUGUACUGAGUUUCUGAACAUGAA